AUGUCUAAAGCUGUCGGUAUUGAUUUAGGUACGACAUAUUCUUGUGUUGCCCAUUUUGCCAAUGAUCGUGUUGAGAUUAUUGCAAAUGACCAAGGUAACAGAACUACUCCAUCAUUCGUUGCAUUCACAGAUUCUGAAAGAUUGAUCGGUGAUGCAGCUAAGAAUCAAGCUGCUAUGAACCCAGCAAACACUGUGUUCGACGCCAAACGUUUGAUCGGUAGAAAGUUUGACGAUGCUGAAGUUCAAGGUGACCUCAAACACUUUCCAUUCAAGGUUAUUGACAAGGGUGGAAAGCCUCAAAUUCAAGUCGAAUACAAAGGUGAAACUAAAGUUUUUACCCCAGAAGAAAUCUCUUCCAUGGUUUUGGGUAAGAUGAAAGAGACUGCUGAAGAAUUCUUAGGAACCAAAGUUAACGACGCUGUUGUUACUGUUCCAGCUUAUUUCAACGAUUCUCAAAGACAAGCUACCAAGGAUGCUGGUUUGAUUUCUGGUUUGAACGUUAUGAGAAUCAUCAACGAACCUACUGCCGCUGCCAUUGCAUAUGGUUUGGACAAGAAAGACGAAAAAGAAAAGAAUGUUUUGAUUUUCGAUUUAGGUGGUGGUACCUUCGAUGUUUCAUUAUUAUCCAUUGAAGAUGGUAUUUUUGAAGUUAAAUCGACUGCAGGUGAUACUCAUUUAGGUGGUGAAGAUUUUGACCACAGAUUAGUCACCCAUUUCGUUAACGAAUUCAAGAGAAAGAACAAGAAGGACUUAUCCUCCAACCAAAGAGCUUUAAGGAGAUUAAGAACUGCAUGUGAAAGAGCCAAGAGAACCUUAUCAUCUUCUGCUCAGACAUCAGUUGAAAUUGACUCCUUAUACGAAGGUAUUGAUUUCUACACUUCUAUCACCAGAGCAAGAUUCGAAGAAUUAUGUCAAGAUUUAUUCAGAUCUACUUUGGAUCCAGUAGAGAAGGUUUUGAGAGAUGCUAAGGUCGACAAGUCUCAAGUUGAUGAGAUUGUUCUCGUUGGUGGUUCUACCAGAAUUCCAAAGAUUCAGAAGUUAGUUUCUGACUUCUUCAAUGGAAAAGAGCCAAAUAAGUCAAUUAACCCAGAUGAGGCUGUUGCUUACGGUGCUGCUGUUCAAGCUGCCAUUUUGUCUGGUGACACUUCCUCCAAGACUCAAGACUUGUUAUUGUUGGAUGUUGCUCCAUUAUCAUUAGGUAUCGAAACUGCCGGUGGUAUUAUGACCAAAUUGAUUCCAAGAAAUUCAACUAUUCCAACCAAGAAGUCUGAAACUUUCUCAACAUACGCUGACAACCAGCCAGGUGUUUUGAUUCAAGUAUUUGAAGGUGAAAGAGCUAAGACAAAGGACAACAACUUGUUGGGUAAGUUCGAAUUAUCUGGUAUUCCACCUGCACCAAGAGGUGUUCCACAAAUCGAAGUUACUUUCGAUGUAGAUGCAAAUGGUAUCUUGAAUGUUUCUGCCUUAGAAAAGGGUACUGGUAAGACUCAGAAGAUCACUAUCACAAAUGAUAAGGGUAGAUUAUCUAAGGACGAAAUUGAAAGAAUGGUUUCUGAAGCUGAAAAGUUUAAGGAUGAGGAUGAAAAGGAAGCAGCUAGAGUCCAGGCCAAGAACGCUUUGGAAUCAUACGCUUACUCUUUGAAGUCAACCUUAGGUGAAGAAGAGUUCAAGUCUAAGUUGGAUGCUUCUGAAAUUGAGGAAGUUACUAAGGCUGCUGAAGAAGUUAUUGAAUGGUUAGAUUCCAACCAAACUGCUACAGCUGAGGAGUUUGCCGACAGACAAAAGGAAUUGGAGGGUAAGGCUAAUCCUAUCAUGUCCAAGGCUUAUCAAGGUGGUGCUGCCCCAGGCGGUGCUGCUCCAGGUGGUUUCCCAGGUGGUGCCGCCCCAGAAGCAGGUAACGAUGGCCCAACUGUCGAAGAGGUUGAUUAA